CGCACGCCUCUGCUUCUGAUACUGAUACUUCAGCAACUCUCAGCAGCCCCGGCGAACCCUGAAUGCUGAGGACCACUCAGGAUUAUCGGAUGUACAACAGGAGAGCCAUCACUUUGCUAAAUUAUUAUCUGCUCCUGGACAUCUUCCACAAACGUCUAAUAGAUAUGUUGUAGGAGGAGAAAGGGCUGCAAGCUAUUAAUGCCUGACACAGAAGCAUGUUAGGCUCCUACCAAAGUCCUCAGCAUACCUGACCACGCACAAUAGUUCAAUCUGUCACAUUUGGUUUUGGAAUCUGCUUUGAGACCUCAGCCUUUUUAUUAUUUUUUUUUAAAUAUACAGACCUACCUACAUAAAGACACAAGCAUAUAUGAUAUGCUCAUGUAUAUGUAAAAGAGACACUGAUUGCAAAUAAGACACGAAGCUUGCCAAGAUUUUAGAGAUGUAUUUGUCAAGAUUCCUGUCGAUCCAUGCCCUGUGGGUUACGGUGUCCUCUGUGAUGCAGCCCUACCCUUUAGUGUGGGGACAUUACGAUGUAUGUAAGACUCAGAUUUACACAGAAGAAGGGAAAGUUUGGGAUUACAUGGCCUGCCAGCCGGAAUCCACGGACAUGACAAAAUACCUGAAAGUGAAACUGGAUCCUCCGGAUAUUACCUGUGGAGACCCUCCAGAGUCCUUCUGUGCAAUGGGCAACCCUUACAUGUGCAAUAAUGAGUGUGAUGCAAGUACCCCUGAACUGGCCCACCCUCCGGAGCUGAUGUUUGAUUUUGAAGGAAGACAUCCCUCCACAUUUUGGCAAUCUGCUACUUGGAAGGAGUACCCUAAACCUCUCCAGGUUAACAUCACUUUGUCUUGGAGCAAAACCAUUGAGCUCACAGACAACAUAGUUAUGACCUUUGAAUCAGGGCGUCCAGACCAAAUGAUCCUGGAGAAGUCUCUUGAUUACGGACGAACCUGGCAGCCCUAUCAGUAUUAUGCCACAGACUGCCUAGAUGCAUUUCACAUGGACCCGAAGUCCGUGAGGGAUUUAUCCCAGCACACCGUCUUAGAAAUCAUCUGCACAGAGGAAUACUCCACUGGGUACUCCACAAAUAGCAAAAUAAUCCACUUUGAGAUCAAAGAUAGGUUUGCGUUCUUUGCUGGACCUCGACUACGAAAUAUGGCUUCCCUCUAUGGACAGCUGGAUACAACUAAGAAACUCAGAGAUUUCUUCACAGUCACAGACCUGAGGAUCAGGCUGUUGAGACCGGCUGUUGGGGAAAUAUUUGUGGAUGAACUACAUUUGGCUCGUUACUUUUAUGCAAUCUCAGACAUAAAGGUGCGAGGAAGGUGCAAGUGCAAUCUGCAUGCCACUGUGUGUGUGUACGACAACAGCAAACUGACAUGUGAGUGUGAGCACAACACUACAGGUCCAGACUGUGGAAAAUGCAAGAAGAAUUAUCAGGGCCGACCUUGGAGUCCAGGCUCCUACCUCCCCAUCCCCAAAGGCACUGCAAAUACCUGUAUCCCCAGCAUCUCCAGUAUUGGUAACUGUGAAUGCUUCGGCCACUCCAAUCGGUGCAGUUAUAUCGAUCUGCUAAACACAGUCAUUUGCGUGAGCUGUAAACACAACACUAGAGGGCAGCACUGUGAGUUAUGCAGGCUGGGCUACUUCAGAAAUGCUUCUGCACAGCUGGACGAUGAGAAUGUGUGCAUAGAGUGUUAUUGUAACCCUUUGGGCUCAAUCCAUGAUCGUUGUAAUGGCUCAGGAUUUUGUGAGUGUAAGACUGGAACGACAGGGCCUAAAUGUGAUGAGUGUCUGCCAGGAAAUUCCUGGCACUACGGCUGUCAACCUAAUGUCUGCGACAAUGAGCUCCUGCACUGCCAGAAUGGAGGGACCUGCUACAACAACGUGCGCUGCCUGUGCCCGGCUGCCUACACCGGCAUCCUCUGUGAGAAGCUGCGGUGCGAAGAGGCUGGCAGCUGUGGCUCCGACUCUGGCCAGGGAGCACCUCCGCGGGGCUCACCAGUGCUGCUGCUGCUGCUGCUGCUGGCUGCGCUGCUGGGGACAGCCAGUCCGAUGGUGUUCUAGGGGUCACACCCAGCCCCUCCGACAGGCCUGUGCUGUGGGGAAGCAAACACAACCCAAGCAGUUGCUACUACUAUAGAAAACACGCACACCCACUCCAACACAGUGUACAAAGGAAGAGGGCCUAACUGAACUAAGCCAUAUCUCUCAGACCAGGACAGCACAUCGCACAUCAUCACACAUCGGAGUCAAGACUGUUCAUCACUGACUCCAGAGGAAUUGGCAGCUGUUGCUGUUAUCGCUGCAAAUCUCAUUGCCAGCUGCAGAGCUGAUUGCGGAUUGGCAAGGCCGUGAGAGCGCCCCCCAAAGGAAAGACGGAAAACAAACUGGUCAACCAACCUAAAAACAUUCGCUACUCUACCGUGGUGCACCCUAGUACCGCUCUGCCCAGUUUGUGGACCAACCAAAUAGAAGCAUUCUUUGCUGUCAGGUGCAUUGUGGGUAUAAGGAAAUCUGGUACAAGCUGCCAUAUUGGCCUGCUUCAGCCCCCUGAAUCCCUUCCAACCUGUGCUUUAGUGAACGUUGCUCUGUAACCCUUGUUGGUUGAAAGAUUUUUUUGUCCGAUGUUAGUGAUACACACGUGUAGCAGCCCCCUCCAAAGCGCAAGCCAGUCACACCCCUGUAUAUUUUAGCAGCACUGAGAUCCCAGUGCCGGCUCACACCCACUUCACGAGAGUGAGUGGCUAGAGGAAAAGAGAAAGUGUAUCUAUCCUUUUGUAUUCAAAUGAAGUUAUUUUUCUUGAAAUACUGUAAUAUGUAGAUUUUUUGUAUUAUUGCCAACUUCUGUUACCUGACAAUCUGUUAAAGUAUCUAAUUCGAAUCAGCAAACACUGACAUUUGAUUUGUGUCUUCUUCGGUUUUGUUUUGUUUCAUUGUGCAGAGACUUCUCUGUAGGGGCAAGGAGCGUGCUGGCAUCAAAGAAUAUCAGUUUACAUAUAUAGCAAGUGUAAUAAGAUUCCACCAAAGGACAUUCUAAGUGUUUUCUUGUUGCUUUAACACUGGAAGAUUUAAAGAAUAAAAAUUCCUGCUAAAUGCUAUCAGGAAUUUGUAUUGCCGUUUCUUAAGCCGAAAGGAGCUACCACCCAACAGUUUCGCAUCCACUCCGCUGAUUAUGUGUGGACUGAACACAGUCAGCUGACAACUUUAGUAACCCAGGAAGAUGGGUUGAUGGUCACUAGCUUGGACAACGUCUGCAAAAUAUGAGACUAUUUUCCACCUGGGAAAAAAAUUAUAACCGCAAAAACAGAGAGAAAGAAAAAUCUAAGUGAUUGCCAAGAUUAUGCCAAAGCCUGUUGGCAGUGUACUAAGAGACUUUUUAUUUUUAAGUCAUGCUAUUUUCACAGAUUUAUGGUGAUCAUGUGACUCUAGGGAUGCAGAUCUAUGCAUCCUUCCAAAUACAGUGUUUACAUGGAAUAUCCUAAGAGGCCACCUGGGGAACCAGAACAGCAGCAGGGAAACUGAGUGAUUAGCAAUUUGACUUUGAAUAUAUUCUAAGUAUUUAAAUGAAAUAUCAAAAUAUACAGCAGCAAGUAGACAUAACUGCUGUUCCUGAGAAUAAAGUCUGUUUCAAGUACUGCCCAAGGUGUAAUAAAUUCUUGUUUCUGCCUUUUAUUAGGCCAAUUACUGCAUAAGACAGCAAAGGGAGCUGGGCUGGGGGGGAACACUGCAAAGUUUGGGAGGGGCUGAAAUGGCAUA